GUAGUGCCGACAUAAGUAUUCUAGAUAUUUUAUUCUAAUUUUAAAAAUAGAUCCAUAUAUAAUAAAAAUUAAAGUAAAAUGUUUAAUUUGGUUAAUCAUCGGCAACCGUUUUAAAGUGUUAUGAUCCAGAAGAUAGCAGAUGUGGAAGCUGAAGAUAGCAGAUGGUGGGAAUGAUCCAUAUAUUUUCAGCACAAACAACUUUGUAGGGAGACAAAUAUGGGAGUAUGAUCCAAAAGCAGGUACUUCGGAGGAGAGAGCUCAUGUUGAAGAAGCUCGUCACAAUUUCUAUAACAAUCGUUUCAAGGUCAAGACAUGUCAUGACCUUCUUUGGCGUUUUCAAGUUCUUAGAGAAAAUAACUUUAAACAAAUAAUAGCUGGUGUGAAGAUAGAAGAUGGAGAAGAGAUAACUUAUGAGAAAGCCACAACAACAUUGAGAAGGGGCACACAUCACUUAGUAGCAUUGCAAACCAGUGAUGGCCAUUGGCCUGCUCAAAUUGCUGGUCCUCUGUUUUACACUCCUCCUUUAGUUUUUUCUUUGUACAUUACGGGACAUCUUGAUUCGGUAUUCUCAAAAGAGCAUUGCAAAGAGAUUCUUCGUUACAUAUAUUGUCAUCAGAAUGAAGACGGAGGGUGGGGUCUACACAUCGAAGGUCAUAGCACAAUGUUUUGUACUGCAUUCAACUAUAUAUGUAUGCGAAUUCUUGGAGAAGGGCCUGAUGGAGGUCAAGACAAUGCUUGUGCUAGAGCAAGAAGCUGGAUUCGUGAUCAUGGCGGUGUAACACAUAUACCUUCAUGGGGAAAAACUUGGCUUUCGAUACUUGGUGUAUUUGAUUGGAGUGGAUGCAACCCAAUGCCCCCGGAGUUUUGGAUCCUUCCUUCAUUUCUUCCUAUGCAUCCAGCCAAAAUGUGGUGUUAUUGUCGAUUGACAUACAUGCCGAUGUCUUACUUGUAUGGGAAGAUGUUUGUGGCUCAAAUCACACCACUCAUCUUACAGUUGAGAGAAGAACUCUAUACCGGACCUUAUGAAAAAGUUAAUUGGAUGAAAGCACGUCACCUAUGUGCGAAGGAAGAUCUUUACUAUCCUCAUCCUUUGAUACAAGAUCUAAUAUGGGAUAGCUUAUACAUAUUCACUGAGCCACUUCUGACUCGUUGGCCUUUCAACAAGUUGGUUAGAGAAAAAGCCCUUCAGGUAACAAUGAAGCAUAUUCACUACGAGGAUGAGAAUAGUCGAUACAUAACAAUGGGGUCUGUCGAAAAGGCUUUAUGUAUGCUUGCUUGUUGGGUGGAAGAUCCAAAAGGCGAUGCUUUCAAGAAGCAUCUUGCAAGGGUCCCAGAUUACUUGUGGAUUUCAGAAGAUGGAAUGACCAUGCAGAGUUUUGGUAGCCAGGAAUGGGAUGCUGAUUUUGCUGUUCAAGCUCUGCUUGCCACAAACCUAAUUGAGGAAAUUGGUCCUGCACUUGCGAAAGGACACGAUUUCAUCAAGAAAUCUCAGGUUAGGGACAACCCUUCUGGUAAUUUUAAGAGUAUGCAUCGUCAUAUUUCCAAAGGCUCGUGGACCUUCUCUGAUCAAGACCAUGGAUGGGGAGUUUCCGAUUGUACUGCAGAUGGUUUGAAGUGUUGUCUACUUUUAUCAAUGUUGCCUUCGGAGAUUGUGGGGGAAAAGAUGGAACCAGAAAGGUUAUAUGAUUCAGUUAAUUUCCUAUUGUCUUUGCAGAGUAAAAGUGGCGGCGUCACAUCAUGGGAGCCAGCAGGAGCUCAAAAAUGGUUAGAAGUCCUGAAUCCAACGGAAUUUUUUGCGGACAUUGUUGUUGAAUAUGAGUAUUUAGAGUGCACUGGACCAGCAAUUCAAGCUUUAGUUAUGUUCAAGGAGCUAUAUCCAGAACAUAGAAAGAAAGAGAUAGAGAAUUUCAUUACCAAUGCAGUUAGAUUCAUUGAAGAAACACAAAAAGAUGAUGGUUCAUGGUAUGGAAGCUGGGGAAUUUGCUUCAUUUAUGGUUCUUUUUUCGCUCUUAACGGUUUAGCAGCUGCUGGCAAGACUUAUACCAAUUGCGCUGCUAUUCGCAAGGCUGUUGAAUUUCUUCUCAAAAUACAAAGAGAGGAUGGUGGAUGGGGAGAGAGCUAUCUGUCAUGCCCAAAAAAGAUAUAUGUACCUCUUGAAGGAAACCAAUCAAAUGUUGUACAGACUGCAUGGGCUCUUAUGGGUUUAAUUCGCGCAGGCCAGGGAGAGAUAGACCCUACUCCUCUUCACCGUGCUGCAAAAUUGCUCAUCAAUUCUCAGUUGGAAGAUGGUGAUUGGCCCCAACAGGAAAUGACAGGAGUAAUCUUCAAAAAUUGUAUGUUGCAUUACCCAAUGUAUAGAAAUAUAUUUCCAUUGUGGGCUCUAGCUGAGUAUCGAAGAUGUGUUCAAUUACCUUCCACUUAUUUAACUUGAACAAAAGUUGUGAACACAAAACAGGACUAGCUUCCUAAGUUUAGAUAGAUGCGUUCUUCCACUUUUUGCUUUCAAAAAUGAUGUCUAGUGGGGUAGCACUAGCUUCCUAAAUACUCACUCUGUAUCAAUAUAAAGGUACUAUAUAUAUAUAUAUAAGACACUAAAUGUACUAUUCAUUUAUCUUGACUCCCGCAACAUUAGUCGGUAUAACAAUCUCUUUUGGGAUUGAUCUCUCAACUCUCAUGAUCCCACUUUUUGGAUCAACUAUAAAAAUGUGUAUGUUGCCUCCAUUUUUUUA